CCUCAACACUGUCCAAUAGGGUUUGAUUCCGAGAAGUGCACUUAUAAUUGGGAUUCACACUGGGUCUCAACUUGUAGAAAAGAGGAAACAAUCUAUCACGUUUGUGUCACAAUUUCCUUCCCAGCCAGCGCGCGCAAUUCUUUGGUGUAUCUCAAUGGAAAACAGAUAUGAGCACGGCAGUCGUAGUAUUGAUUUUGGGUUCUUGCCAAUUCCAGAACAUCUCCGAUAUACUCAAGAUCGAAACGCACCCUUACGCUUCAGUAUAACACGAAAUGCAGCUUUUGGGAUUUGUACAACUUUCGUUGUAGCCAAUCUUUAUUAUAGUCAACCAUUACUGAUCCAACUUUCGCUGUAUUUCAAUGUUUCAUAUGAAGAAAUAUCCAGAGUGCCGACGCUCCUACAAGCGGGUUAUGCUGUAGGUGUUGUACUCGUUUCUCCUCUGGGUGAUCUUCUUCCCCGUAGGCCACUGCUUCUUGGAGUAGUGUUAGCUGAUAUUUGCUUCACACUCGUGCUAGCGGUCACGAAAUCUGCACAUGUAUUUGAAGGACUAUCGUUUGUAGUGGGCAUGACAUCCGUGGCACCACAGAUCCUCACUCCAUUGGCUGCUGACCUGGCACCUGAAAAUCGUCGCGCUUCUGCCAUCUCAAUCAUCUUCGCAGGUCUGCUCUUUGGUAUCCUCAUUGCUCGCGUACUAUCUGGCAUUGUUGCGGAGUUUUCGACAUGGCGCAUCAUUUACUAUAUUGAUGUCGGACUGCUUGCUGCUGUCCUCGUCAUAUUGUAUUUUGUUGUUCCGGAGUAUCCAGCCAAGAAUAAGGGGUUGACUUACUUGCAUAUAUUGAAAUCUAUGGCAAAGCUAGCGACAACAGAGCCAAUUUUGAUACAGGCUUCACUGAUUACCAUGGGGUCGAAUGCAUGCUACAUGAAUUUCUGGGUCACCCUCACCUUCAUACUGGGAGGAUCUCCAUAUCACUACUCAACGCUGGUCAUUGGUUUGUUCGGACUGAUAGGCAUGUCUGGUGUUUCCAUGGGUCCUAUCCUAGGCCGAGGGAUAGAUAGGCUUGUUACCUGGUAUGCAAUCUUGAUUCCGACAUUUGCCAUGGCCAUUUUCUGGGCCAUCCAAACUGCCGCCGCUGGAGUAAACAUCUCUGCUAUCGUCAUUGUUUGUAUCGGCCUGGAUCUUUGCGAUGCCAUGCAACAAGUAUCUUUAUCAACAGCUGUCUUUAGUAUAUCCGAGUCCGCUCGAGGUCGAUUGAAUGCUGUACUCAUUUUAUCAAACUUCACGGGUCAGUUCAUUGGAACUGCCGCCGCAACUAAAGUGUAUUUAGAGCAUGGAUGGCGCGCAUCGGCAGUACUCGGUCUGGCCUGUGCAGUGUUCCAGCUGCUGAUUUUAUUUUUCCGUGGUCCUCACUGUGAAAGGUAUACUUGGGUCGGGUUCCAGGGGGGUUGGAAGUGGAAAAAAGUCCAAAAUGAAGACCAAAAAGAGAAAAAGGACUCGCAGAAGCUUGAGAAUUAAGACUUUAUUUCCACCUGUACAUGAAUACUUGGGUGAUCUUCAUAGAGAUCGCUUUUGCCCCAUUUCUCUCUAGCUUCAUUCUACAAACCUUUCGAUACGACUGAUGCGACACGCUCA